UGUUAUCUUUGUACAUCUGCAGAAAAACAAAACAAUUAUGUUUACUAAUAAAAACUGUAUUUAGUUCAUAGUCCUUCACUAUAGAAACUGAAAUUAGUAAAUGCCAAUACACGAUGCAAUUGACACGAUAGCAGCUACAUCACAACAUGAAUAUUCCCCGUAGCAUUGAGCGUUGCUACCUUUGCAACUGCGCUUUUGUUGACAACAAAGUUUACGAGCAUAUGUUUGAAGAGCGUUUUAAUGAAAGAGGUCUGCAGCAGUCCACUCUAGCCAGCAUAUUGGCCAUGGCUCUGGGUAUCAAGCUUCAGGCCGAAGAAGUGCACUCUGUGUUUAUUUGCAGCACCUGCAAGGUAAGUCUGCUUAACUUUGAGGCGAUCUCGAGGCAAUUGUUCCAGCUGCGAUACGAAAUAAUUGAAACACAUGCACAAACUAGUCAAUUGCAUGCGAUGCAAAAAGAAGCGGAAGACGAUAUGAUCGAUGAAUGCUUUGAAAAUGAAAAUUAUGAUGAGGAUGAAGAUGAAGGUGACGAUGACGAAGACAGCUUGGACUUGGAUGCGAUCGAACAACAAUUGCAGGAGGUGGAAGAUAUGCUCGCGAAUACCGCAGCUGAGCAGCAGCCGGAUACUAAAGAAGAGUUUGACUACAUAGAGGAAUGCUCUGAUUCCCCGGACGCGAGUGUCUUAGAAGAUUAUUUGCUGUCGAAUUCAGAUAAACCGCCGACAAUACAAGCCACAUUUAAACCACGCAAGGCGCCGCCCGAGUUUAAUUGCUCGUAUUGCGGCAAAGUUUGCGAACGUCGCGAACAUCUGCGGGAGCACGAAAGGAUUCACACCGGCGAGCGUCCGUUUGAGUGCAAGGAGUGCGGCGCCACGUUUGCCCAGCGCUCAAAUUGGCGUGUACACAUGAAUUCAACACACUUCAAUCUGGCCAAUCACAAGUGCAUCGAUUGCGGACGCUCAUACAAACGCAAACGCCUGCUCGACAAUCAUAUCAAGUCCGUGCACAGGCGUAUACGCGAUCUCAAGUGUAAGCAGUGUGGCUCCACCUUCGCCAGUGCCAUCAGCCUAAAGAAGCAUCUGCUGUGUCACACGGGCGAGCGAAACUACAGCUGUCAGAUCUGCGGCAAGCGAUUCAGUCGUCCCGAGAAUCGCAAUGUCCAUCACUUUGUGCAUAGCAUACGCAAGCCAUAUGCCUGCAGUGUGUGUGGCGAGGGCUUCAUACGCAAGCAGCAGCUGGUGCAGCACAGCAAGAUCAGCAGCCAUCCCAAUCCCAAUAUUGUGCGCCUCAAGCCGCAGUUUAGUGCAGCCAACAGCGAUCGGCUAAGACUGGCCAAAAAACAAGCCUAAAUUGAACAUUCCAAAGUUGGCUCGAAUCCCAGUCAUUUAUGCAUUAAUAGCCGGCUGAACCCGUUGUCUCGCCUGCUUUGAUUUUGAUUUGGUUGCAUCUAGACAAAUUUAAACUAUCACUAAUUAAGCACCCAAAAUAAUAUUAAUUUACUUAUAUACAAAAUUUAAGCAGGCGAAGAUGCGAGCUCAGCUGGCUAAUAGAUUAUUUACAACAAUUAUUAUAAGGAAUACCCUCAAUUCGCAUCUAGUCUGAAUUAUUUUCCCUCCCUUUCUUACUUGUGUCAGCUAUUGCUGUCUCUGUUCAAACACUGUAAAUUUAAGCAUGCGCUUCAUUCAUACUGGUCUCAGCUAUUUUCGAACAUUUUACAAUAACAAAUCAUAAUUAUAUUUACAAUUAUUAUAUUUAC